AUGGUGAUGGCGGCGAAGAAGGGCCCAGGGCCGGGUGGCGGGGUCAAGGCGGAGGCGGAGGCGGCCUCGGAGGUGUGGUGUCGUCGGGUGCGGGAGCUGGGCGGCUGCAGCCAGGCCGGGAACCGCCACUGCUUCGAGUGCGCCCAGCGAGGGGUCACCUACGUGGAUAUCACCGUGGGCAGCUUCGUCUGCACCACCUGCUCCGGCCUCUUGAGAGGCCUGAACCCCCCUCACCGAGUCAAGUCCAUCUCCAUGACAACUUUCACUGAGCCUGAAGUACUGUUCCUGCAAUCCCGUGGAAACGAGGUUUGCAGGAAGAUCUGGCUGGGUCUUUUUGAUGCUCGGACAUCUUUAAUACCAGAUUCCAGGGAUCCUCAGAAGGUGAAGGAAUUUCUCCAGGAAAAAUAUGAAAAGAAGAGAUGGUAUGUCCCCCCAGACCAAGUCAAGGGGCCCACUUACACCAAAGGCAGCACCUCCACCCCCGUCCAGGGCUCCAUCCCAGAAGGCAAGCCCCCCCGGACACUUUUGGGGGAUCCUGUGCCGUCUCUCUCAGCUGCUGCCUCCAGCUCCAGCCAGCCUGUCGGUCAGCCUCGGACGUCCCAGCCCCGGAGCUCUCAACCUCCCCACCCUUCCUCGGUCAAGAAAGCCAGUACUGAUCUGCUGGCUGACAUCGGCGGAGACCCCUUUGCUGCUCCCCAGGUGGCACCAGCUUUUGCUGCAUUCCCAGCCUUUGGGGGCCAAACGCCUUCCCAUGGGAGCUUUGCCAACUUUGAUGCCUUCAGUAGUGGUCCCGGCUCUUCUGCAUUUGGAAGCAUUCCUCCAGCUGGUCAAGCCCCGUUCCAGGCCCAGCUGGCGCCCCCAGCCAGUCGGAUGCUAACUGGAAGUCACAGCUUUGGGAGCAGCCAGGGGACUCCAUUUGGUGCCUCUCCUCUCGCACCUGCUAGUCAGCCCAACAGCCUCGCAGAUGUGGGCAGCCUCCUGGGGCCUGGGGCAUCAGCUGGAGGCAUCCCCAGCAGCAUCUUCGGGAUGGCUGGCCAGGUCCCCACGCUCCAGUCGGCCACCACUGGCGGAGGCGGCAGCCCAGGGCUAGCUUUUGGAGCCUUCAACCCUUUCACCACACCUGCUGCUCACGCCCAGCUGCCUUCCACCAACCCUUUCCAGCCCAAUGGCUUGGCCACAGGGCCGGGCUUUGGGAUGAGCGGUGCUGGGCCAGGCUUCCCCCAGACAGUGCCACCCACCGGGGCUUUCACCAGCCCCUUCCCACCACCGCUCUUCCCCGCACAGACCUCGAUGACUCAGCAGCAGAAUGGCUAUUCCUUCGGAGAUUUGGGAUCCGCCAAGCUGGGGCAGGGGCCACUGAGUCAGCCAGCUGGCAUUUCCACCAACCCCUUCGUGACUGGAUCCUCAUCAAGCCCAUUUGCUGCCAAACCUCCGACCACCAACCCAUUCUUGUAG